AUGCCGACGCCUGUCGAGUUGUCUCUGACGCUCGACCGUCUGCGGGAGCUGUGGGAGAAGCCAGUCGAGACACGCCAUCAUCCCCUUCUCCCCGAGACGUCGGCGCUGUCGUCGUCUCGAUCCACCGGGCCUUUCUUCAUUCCCUCGGCCAGUGCGGCGGUGUAUAUCCCGUUCUCCGCGAAGGGGGCCCACAUCCGCCCGUCGUCGACGACCCUGCCCCUCGACUUCUCCCAGGACGUCCUGCGCGAGUGUCAAGAGCGGACUGACGUGGAGCUCCGUCUCGGAAGAUUCGAUCCCCUCGAGGACGCGUUCAUCGUCGAGCUCCUGAGCCGGCUCGAGGAAUGCCGAAGGUGUCAGUGGGCGAUGGAGAUGCUGGCCGCGCAUCCCGAGAGCUGUGCGUCGAUCUGCGCCAUGGCGCACGAAGUGGUCCGUGAUUGAAGCGCCUGAGGCUUCUUCCCGAGGAAGUUCCAAUGUUGAGGAUGCCCUGAUUGAUCCAAAAGCUCAUGUAUCAGCUCAUGACGAAGAUGAAUUUCAAUAUUCGCGCACGAGAGAAGAGAAGGGCAACGCAGGUAGGUCAGACACUGGUACAGUCACGGACAGGUUCGCUUGCGAUGAGCG